CGAUCAAUCCCCGAAACCCCUUGCUCAGCUUGUUCUGUCGUCUCGGCCUUCGCCUCGCUCUCCAUCCAUCCCCUGCCCUUGCCAUCACCUCCGUCCCAAACUCCCAAAUCCGCGGCGACCUCAACAGAAAAAUAAAAGCCGCCUCCUUUACCAAACGCAGAAGCAAAAUUCGCGGAUUGCCCCACCCGAUCGCCGGCGAAUCGACCCGACGCGGCCCGACCGAACGGCCCAUGGCCGGAACCGAGCGGCCCCACCGCCCGAUCGACCCGCCGCGGCCGGGCGCCGGCGCCGGCGACUCGCCGGCGAGGUGGGACGACGACUGCGACCGCGUCGAAGGCCUGGCGGGACUCCACAUAUUUGACCAAGAGGAAGAAGAGUCACCAGCCAAAAAUGGCACAGCCAACAGCCAUGAUACAACCGAAACUUUCAUAGAGACAGAACCAGGAAAGUGUUUCUAUGAUGAACCGCUUCAUGAGCAUACAGGCAUCUGGGUGCCUGUUUCUGUCCCUCCCAUGACGGCGCAGGACCGUGAGGAGUGGCACAGGGGGUUUGGUUGCAAUGGCGGGUACUUCCCGGAAGAAGAGUUUAGCUGGGAGCUGGAUGAAGAGAAUAAAGAGAUGACAAUGUGGGAUGUGUUUGCCGAUAUGGUUGUUGCGGCAAAAGAUAAAGUGAUAUCUGCUGCAACAUAUGAUUUUGGGAGGUGCGGGAUGUCAGUGGUAUCCAACUUCUUUCUCCAAGAAGCCUGGAAGGAUAUGGCGCAAACACUUGCAGAUGCCAAUGCUGGUAUUGCAAACGAGCUACUUGAGACAGAGCCAACAAAGUGGUUGCCUGACAGUGCUGCUACCUCUUGCAUGCUCUGCGGCGUGCGGUUUCAUCCUAUAAUGUGCUCUCGCCAUCAUUGUCGUUUCUGUGGUGGAGUAUUUUGUAAUGGUUGUACAAAGGGUAGAAGCUUAAUGCCUCCAAAAUUUAGGACUUCAGAACCUCAAAGGGUUUGUGAUGUAUGUGGAGUGCGGCUUGAGAGUAUACAACCGCAAUUGAUGAAUCAGAUCAGCCGUGCGUCUCAACUUCCAACUCGGGAUGUGACAGACCUGAGUACCUUGAGGUCAUGGUUGAACUUCCCUUGGGCACACACAAUGGAAUAUGAGAUAUACAAAGCUGCAAAUUCUUUACGCAGCUACUGCAAGGUGGGAGGACUGAAGCCAGAAAAGGCUAUCCCUGAUGCUAUUCUUAGACAAGCAAAAGGUUUUGCUAUAGUUACUGUAGUAAAGGUCGGGAUGAUGGUUACAUAUAAGCUUGGUACUGGGUUGGUUGUUGCUCGAAGGGUCGAUGGCUCCUGGUCACCUCCUUCAGCAAUCUCCACCUGUGGUGUUGGAUAUGGAGCUCAGGCUGGAGGUGAGAUAGCUGACUUCAUCAUUGUGCUGAGGAAUACGGAUGCCAUCAGAACAUUCAGUGGAAAGGCACAUCUAUCUGUUGGUGCUGGUGUUAGCGCUUCUGCUGGUCAUGUCGGACGAGUAGCUGAGGCUGACUUCCGUGCUGGUGAUGGUGGCUAUGCUGCAUGUUACACAUACAGUUGUAGCAAAGGUGCCUUUGUGGGCUGUGCAUUCAAUGGCAGCAUAGUAUCAACUCGAGACACAGAGAACGCUCGAUUUUACGGUGGCCCUGUCAAGGCCACUGACAUCCUUCUGGGAUCCAUGGCCAGGCCACCUGCAGCCUCCCCUCUGUACAAAGCUCUGUCAGAACUGAUGGACAGGGUUGGGAAGUAACCCUCUCCUUCUUUAGGCAUCUGGCAUGCCAUGGCCGCCUCCUUGUAAAUACAUUCAGGGCUUCAGAUUCGCGCUCAUCACACAUUCAUUGGAAGCGACUCCGCAACUGUACAGUACACCAUUCUUCAACACAUCAAAGGCUCUCUUCCUUCAUCAGUGUUUAGUGGGUUCCAACAACAAACCCACUCUGUAAAUACUUGUACAUUGGAUUGACAAUUGCAACAUGAUAUGAAAGAGAAAAAGCUUAUUCUCCUUGCUCA